ACGAUGGUACCGCACAUCGUGUACUGCAUUAUAUUCGUGAUGGUGUUCUUUUUCACGAUUUUCCCAACAUCGGAAAUGGAAUCGGUCGGGUUGACUGUAAAUCAGCUGUGCACACACUACCUGGCGGCUGAAACCGAUUUCGUGCUAUACCAUCUGAAAGCGACCAGCGUGAAGCUGCUGAUCCAUUCCGCAAUGCCGUUCCUGUACGUUAUCUUCAUCUGGUUAAUGGCGUGGAUGCAGCCGGACGAGUUCGUAAUGCACCAGAAUGCAUCGUCGUACGCGGAAUCGAUCUGGAACGGGUUCUGUUCCGGAUCCGGUACAUUGCUGCUCCUAGCCAUGCUUACCGUAUUUUACUGGGCAACGGACGGUUGGAGCAAUCAUCCAAUCGCCAAGCAGCUGCACCUUUUGACGACACCCGACCUACCGGAUUGGCGCUCGGUAGCAACGAAUAUUAACGACGAGUAUCGGCGGGACACCACAAUCUCGAUACGCUCAAACGCCAUCUCAACGCUGGUAGUAACAGAAAGUUGGAUCAUUAAAACGAACAUGUAUGCGCACAACAUUGUCCCGCAGAGUGAAGCACAACUGUGCGCCUACAAGAUUGACACGAAGGAGGUGAUCACCGAUACACUCGAAUCGGCCGAGUUCGUCAACAUCCUAGUCAAACCGCAGGUAAGCCGGAUCCGGCCGUUCAUCAUACGGAUCAACAUCAGCCACAUCAAGGAUCUGCGCGAUCGACUUCAACGUCCAAUACUGGUAAUGCCAUCGGUACAGUUCCGCACCCUUACGGAACGGUUUGUGGAAGCGUUCAAGGAGGAGGUGGCACUGAAUCCUACCAUCGCCAGCACGUUCGUACCGGAGGAUGGCGACUGUUGUCUCGCGUGCUUGCAGGCUCAGCCGGACGUAAAGAUUGUCAAGUACUGUCUAGAUGUAAGUGCGACCGGUGCGUUACUGGCCGAAUCGGAACGCUGCCAACCAUGCGCUUGUCGGCCGUUGUGGUGCGUCGGAUGUUUAGCGACCUGGUUUGCGUCGCAGCAGCGUCGAGCCGAUCGAGACACGUGGCUGAGCAAGAAAACGACCUGUCCGAUGUGCCGGGCACGGUUUUGCGUGCGUGACGUCUGCUAUCUCGAGAAUCGUGUGUCAGUACAGCAAACUGAAGAAUAAAUAUUUCGUCCUGCCAGAAG